CCCCGCACAUAUACACUGCACACACACACACACACACACACACACACGCACACACACACACACACACCCGGCGCGCACAGACACGCUCCCUCCCUCCGGCGCGCUCUACCCCUCGCUCGCCAGCCCGCCCGCCGCGCACGCACCCGGCCCCGGCUCCCCGCGCCCGGCGCCCUGCGCCCCGCCGCCGCCGAGCGAAGCCGGGCUGGGCUUGGAGCUGCUCAUGGAGAAAGUGCCGGGCGAGAUGGAGAUUGAGCGCAGGGAGCGGAGCGAGGAGCUGUCCGAGGCGGAGAGGAAGGCGGUGCAGGCUACGUGGGCCCGGCUCUAUGCCAACUGCGAGGACGUGGGGGUGGCCAUCCUGGUGAGGUUCUUUGUGAACUUCCCGUCGGCCAAGCAGUACUUCAGCCAGUUCAAGCACAUGACCGAGCCCCUGGAGAUGGAGAAGAGCCCCCAGCUGCGGAAACACGCCUGCCGGGUCAUGGGGGCCCUCAACACCGUGGUGGAAAACCUGCACGACCCGGAGAAGGUAUCCUCUGUGCUCGCCCUUGUGGGCAAAGCCCACGCCCUCAAGCAUAAGGUGGAGCCCGUGUACUUCAAGAUCCUCUCUGGGGUGAUUCUGGAGGUGAUCGCUGAGGAAUUUGCCAAUGACUUCCCACCAGAGACGCAGAGAGCCUGGGCCAAGCUGCGUGGCCUCAUCUACAGCCACGUGACCGCUGCCUACAAGGAAGUGGGCUGGGUACAGCAGGUCCCCAACGCUACCACCCCACCGGCCACGCUGCCCUCUUCGGGGCCGUAGGACCCCCUCUCUCCUCCCCCUCCCAGGCAGCACCUUGAGCAGAAGGCCGAGUUCUGAAGACCCUCCUUGACCCUCCAUUUCUGGGUGCCAAGGAAGCUGGAGGAAUCCCUGACUCAUCUUCCUGGAAAGAGGCAGCCUCUGUUGUGGCCACAGUCCCCACUGGAGCCGCCGGGAGGUGGCGCUGGCUGCGGGGAUGCUGACCCCAGCUCAGCGGCCUGUGGGGGUGGGGGAUGCUUCCUCCUUGAAGAGCUGGGCCCACUCUUCUUAGCUUUUCUACUCUCUGUCAGAGACCUAGCUGAGCAGCUGACAGGGGUCCGGGGCAGGUCUGAGUCUCUCCGGGAAUAAGGCAGCCCCGUUUCUAUCUGCCCGACCAGCAUGCAGGUCCCCACAUCACCUAUCUAGAGCAUCACGCACACUCAUCUACCAUAUAUACAGAUAUAUUCUAUAUACAAUCUCUCUAUAAAAAAAAAAAAAAAUAUAUAUAUAUAUAUAUAUACACAUACAUAUCUAUACUGUGUAUCUACGGGGCCCAGAGGCACAUGUGAAGCCUUGGUUUUGCCCAUCUGCGUGUGGGGCACGGAGGGGCCCUGGUCAUGCUUCUGGGCAGAGGACAGCGUGUUCUGGCAGAGACGGGGGUCCCAUCUCAGCACAGAGAGAAUCUACACCUGUGGGCAGGGUGGGGGUGACCCAAGGGCCUGGGUGGGCAGGGUGGGGGUGACCCAGCCGGCCAGCAGAGUCCAGCCCUUUCUCCAACCAGCUCCGCACAUUCCUGCUUUCCACUUCUAGGUGAAAAGGAUUUGGCUUUCCCCCUCUCCCCCCGCCCCAGAAAGGAUGUGGCUCCCUGACUUGCUCCAGCAUGGGCAAGGGCAGACCGAGGGGCCAGCAGUGUGGGACAUGGAGGACGGCACCGGGGGAGGGGCCCUGCUGCAGAAACCUCGAAUGCCAGCCCCAUCUGCCUUUGCUGCUAGGAGCCCAGCGGGAGUGGGGCUCCACGCUGCUGUCAGUGAUGACAGGCCAGAUGCCUCCGUCCCAUCCUGCAGCCCUGCUGGCCGAGGGCCUUCCCUCCCCACCCCCCGGCUGCUGGCUGCCAGUUGGACCUGUCCACCCAUCGGGGUCAGAGUUGCUGGGGAACCCCCCGCCCCCCGUGUGUGCCCCUUGGUCACGUGUGCCAUCCGCAAGGAUGUCUGGCUACUGUGGCUUCUGUGCCGUGUCCCCUCCUGUCCCAUGCUCGUGUAGCCAUGCGUGUAACUGCCUGUCCUUUUGUAGUUUCUGAUGUUUGUAACCAGACCCAGCCGUGUCAUUAAACAGACUCCCUCUUCCCGCGUC